AUGACACAUUUAGCCACUGUGGGCAAAAUCUUGAGUGUGGCUCUGGGAAAUUUGCAAAAACGCAUUGUGAUUAUUUCCGUUGUUGUUGCUGUUGCCAUCUUUGGCCUAGCUGAGGGCCGUCCGGAAUCUAAUGGUUAUCUGCCACCUGCACCUGUCAAGGAUAUAUUCAGCCAAGUUCUGCCCGUGCAACAGGGCUUCCAGAGUUUUACGCAGCAGCAGCAGCGGCCCAUUGCUCAGAUUGAAUCCAUCCAACCAUCCGUCUCGUUGGGCAGCUUCUCAAUUCAAAGUGAUGGCCAGCUUGGUGCCAUCAAUCAGCAGUAUCAGACAUCCGCUGCUCCGGCUCCGGCUACGGCCGCCAUCAGCCAAUCCAUAGCCGCCGCAGAGGUGCCCGUCAACAACAACUAUGGGGGACAAGCGAUUCCCACUCAACUCUUUGUGCCAGCGGCCUCGCCAGUGACGUCCAUUGCGGUUCAGGGGCCAGCUGCUGGAGUGCAGCAACCUCACAAUGUACCAGUUGUCGCUCCAGUGGCUCAACAAACAUUCUCUGCCCCAACUCCGGUGGUACAGCAAACCUACUCUGCUCCAACUCCGGUGGUACAGCAAACAUACUCCGCUCCAGUUCCAGUGCUUCAGCAGACACACUCUGCUCCAGCUCCAGUUGUUCAACAAACCUACUCUGCACCUGAGCCGGUUGUACAGCAAACCUAUUCUGCUCCAGCUCCAGUGGCUCAACAGAUAUAUUCUGCUCCAGCUGCUGGGGUCCAACAGACAUACUCUGCUCCAGCUCCGGUGGUACAGCAAACCUACUCUGCUCCAACUCCGGUGGUACAGCAAACAUACUCCGCUCCAGUUCCAGUGCUUCAGCAGACACACUCUGCUCCAGCUCCAGUUGUUCAACAAACCUACUCUGCACCUGAGCCGGUUGUACAGCAAACCUAUUCUGCUCCAGCUCCAGUGGUUCAACAAACCUACUCUGCACCUGAGCCAGUUGUACAGCAAACCUAUUCUGCUCCAGCUCCAGUGGUUCAACAAACCUACUCUGCACCUGAGCCGGUUGUACAGCAAACAUAUUCUGCUCCAGCUCCAGUGGCUCAACAGACAUAUUCUGCUCCAGCUGCUGUGGUCCAGCAGACGUACUCUGCUCCAGCUCCAAUAGUUCAACAAACUUACUCUGCGCCUGAAUCGGUGGUACCACAAACCUAUUCCGCUCCACCACGGGUAGCUCAGCAGUUUUACUCUGCACCAGCUCCAGUGGCUCAGCUAACUUACUCUGCUCCAGCUCCAGUGGUCCAGUCAACCUACUCUGCUCCAGUUGUGCAACAAGGCUAUGCUCGCGCACAGGAGAGCCAUUUUAUUCAAGCUGCUGCACCAGUAGUUCAGCAAGCUUAUUCUGCGGCACCUGCUCCAGUGGUGCAACAGACCUACUCCGCACCCGCUCCCGUGGUGCAGCAGACCCAUUUCUCUCCAGCCAUCCAACAGACACAGCACACUGGAUACAACUAUCAGGCACCAGCUCCAAUUGGCGCUCCAGUACAGCAGAGCUAUACCAGAACUCAAGCUCAGAUUCAGGUUGCCGCUCCGGUGCAACAGUUGCAGCAAUCGCUUGUGCCACGCCCACCCAGUGCAGUUCAUAUUAAUGCACCAGUCGCUGCACCCUUUACCCAGUUUACGCCCACUUAUAGCCACACCCCCUCAUUUAUCCAGCAGCACCAACAGCAGCAGCAGCAGGUGUCCUAUGUGCAAAAUACAAGAGGUGUAGUGCAAGCUCCCUCGGCUCCAGCAACCACCACUGUGAUCAGCAACAAUCCGGCCAUCUCGGAAAUUGGCACCAACUAUGCCAGCAACGGUGGCUAUCAAUUCUUCGCCAUCGUUUCGUGCGCCCUUGUGGCUCUGGCCGCCGCCGAUGUGAGCCACCUGUCCAACACCUAUCUGCCACCUAGUAACCACCAUGUUGGCGCCGCCAGCUACCAGGCACCUGUAGUGCACAGCUACACCGCCCCAGCUACCAGCAGCUUCACCAGUGGUUCGUCCUAUAUUGCCCCAGCUGCCUCCGUCCACCACGAAACCUAUACUGCUCCCGCUACCUCGUUUGCCACCAAGACGUAUUCUGCUCCAGCUACCAGCUUCACCAGUGGAUCAUCCUAUGUUGCCCCAGCUGCCUCCGUCCAACACGAAACCUAUACUGCUCCCGCUACCUCGUUUGCCACCAAGACGUAUUCUGCUCCAGCUACCAGCUUCACCAGUGGAUCAUCCUAUGUUGCCCCAGCUGCCUCCGUCCAACACGAAACCUAUACUGCUCCCGCUACCUCGUUUGCCACCAAGACGUAUUCUGCUCCAGCUACCAGCUUCACCAGUGGAUCAUCCUAUGUUGCCCCAGCAGCCUCCGUCCAUCACGAGACCUAUACUGCUCCCGCUACCUCGUUUGCCGCCAAGACGUAUUCUGCUCCAGCUACCAGCUUCACCAGUGGAUCAUCCUAUGUUGCCCCAGCUGCCUCCGUCCACCACGAGACCUAUACUGCUCCCGCUACCUCGUUUGCCACCAAGACGUACUCUGCUCCAGCUACCAGCGGCUUCACCAGUGACGAUUCGUAUGUUGCCCCAGCUGCCUCUUACCAGAGCGCCACUUAUGCUGCUCCCGCGACCUCGUUUGCGACCAAGACAUAUUCGGCUCCAGCUGCCACCUACGACACCAGCUCGUCGUAUGUCGCCCCAGCUGCCUCCUACCAGAGCACCUCUUAUGUUGCUCCUGCUGCUGUUUCUACCUACACCGCUCCCGUUGCUGCCGCCAGCUACAGUGCUCCAGUGGUGAGCAACUCCGGAGUUGACACGACCUACGGUUCCAACGGCGGAUACCAUUCAUUCGCCAUUUGUUCCGCUCUGCUGGCCCUGGCCGCCCUAGGCGUUGCCAGUCCUUUGAGCAACACCUACUUACCGCCCAAAUCCAAUGCAUACAGCAGCUACAGCUCCGCUGCCGGCUCCAGCGGAGGUAUCGGCUCCUUUGCCCCGGCAGCUAGUUACUCGGCACCAUCAAGCCAGUAUCUGGCUCCAACCACAUCCCUCAGCAGCCACUCGACCGGAGGUGCCUUCCAGAGCAGCUACUCUGCUCCAGCCGUCUCCCACAGCACGUACUCUGCUCCAGCCGUCUCACAUAGCAGCUUCUCCGCUCCAGCCGUCUCCCACAGCAGCUUCUCCGCUCCAGCGAGAUCUCAUGGCAGCUACUCAUCUUCGGCUUCUGUGGCAGCUCCUUCUCGGCAAUACCUGGCACCAGCCGCUUCCCAUAGCAGUUUCUCCGCUCCAGCCGUCUCCCACAGCAGCUUCUCCGCUCCAGCCGUCUCCCACAGCAGUUUCUCAGCUCCAGCCGUCUCUCACAGCAGUUUUUCCGCCCCAGCCGUCUCCCACAGCAGCUACUCUGCUCCAGCAAGAUCCCAUGGCAGCUACUCAUCUGCGGCUUCUGUGGCAGCUCCUUCCCGGCAGUACCUGGCGCCAGCCGCCUCCCAUAGCAGUUUCUCCGCUCCAGCCGUCUCCCACAGCAGCUUCUCUGCUCCAGCCGUCUCCCACAGCAGUUUCUCCGCUCCAGCCGUCUCCCACAGCAGCUACUCAGCUCCUGCCGUCUCACACAGAAGUUAUUCCGGUCCUGCUGUCUCCCACACUAGUUAUUCAUCCCCAGCUCGUUAUGCCUCCUCUCGUGGACUUGGAUUUGGUGGCUCUUCGGGGCGUAGUGUUGGCCACAGCUUUGGAGGAUCCCAGCAGGCCUUCGGGGGAUUCACUUCGGGCCACAGUAGCUCAACAGGUGGAACUCGGUAUGCCUCCAAUGGUGGAUAUGCUUACCGUCAUAAGUAUUAAACUGAUCUCUACUCUAUGCAAUCAAAAUG